AUGGCAUCAAAUUUACCACAAGAGAGAAAUCAUGAAGCAUGUCUAUUAAUUAGAGAUUUAGAUCCAAUGGUUACAGAAUCAUUAUUAAUGGAAUUAUUUAUUCAAGCAGCACCAGUAGUUAAAGUAUUCAUACCAAAAGAUAAAUUAACUCAACAACAUUCAGGUAGAGCAUAUGUUGAAUUUCAAAGUUCUUCAGAUGCUGAAUAUGCUUUAAAAGUUAUGAAAUUCGUACGUUUAUUUAAUAAAGAAAUUAAAAUUAAAAAAGAAAAUAAAGAUAAAGUUGAUAUUGGUGCAAAUUUAUUUAUUGGUAAUUUAGAUGCAGAUGUUGAUGAAAGAAUAUUACAUGAUACAUUUUCAAGAUUUGGUACGAUUAUAUUUACACCAAAAGUUAUGAGAGAUGAAAAUGGUGUAAGUAAAGGAUUUGCAUUUAUAAAUUUCGAUAGUUUUGAAGCCUCUGAUGCAGCAAUCGAAGCUAUGAAUAGUCAAUUCCUUUGUAAUAAACCAAUCUCUGUAACUUAUGCAAGAAAGAAAGAUUCAAAUGAAAGACAUGGUUCUUCUGCUGAACGUAUUAUUGCUGCAAGUAGAAAUACAGGUUAUUUAAAUCAACAACAACAGCAACAAUCAUCUUCAACUUCUUCAACCUCAACUAUUUCAACUUCAACUCCACAACAACAACAACAACAACAAUCACAACCCCUACCUCCACCAAUUGUCACUGCAGGUGGUAUAAUUCAUCAACAACAAAUACAACAACAACAACAAUUGCAACAACAACAACAACAACAAUUACAAUUACAACAAUUACAAUUACAACAAUUACAGCAACAACAACAACAACAACAACAACAACAACAACAACAACAACAACAACAACAACAACAACAACAACAACAACAACAACAACAACACCACCCACACCACCAACAUCCAAUACCACACCCACACCCACUCCCACAUCAACUUCGUCCACAUCCACAUCCCCACCAUCCUCCACCACCACCAUUCAACCCAAUGUUAAUGCAAUUCAAUCCAAUGAUGAUGCCAUUUGGUGGAAUGCCUCCACCUCCACCACAUAAAUAA